AUGUUCACGCUACUUUCAUCGCCUGGAGCAUCUGCAAAGACAUGUCAGAACCCCGACUUACUAGUGCGACAUGAACGAUUGGUCCACCCGGCAGAGACAGCGGCAAGUCGAGAAAACCGCUCCCACAAUGGAGCCGAAAACCACCAUGAUAUCCCAAUGCAGUCAUCCUCCAUCAUUCAACCUGCCCACCAUGAAUCCCGCAUGCUAGAGCUAGCAGACGCUAUUCCAGUCCAUAAUCAACUGCCCCCUCCCGAGGUACAGAUCCAGCCACCACCAAUAGUCGAAACCACGCACUUUAAUCCGUCAUGGGGCUACGACUUGAACCUCUUGUCGCAUGCUGCAAGUCAUGUGGCAUUAGAAGGGCAGCAGGAGAAUCUGGAACCAAUGCGAAAACCAUCCCAUUCGGUUGGCACCCCGUCACAGCAAUCUCUUCCACAGGUUGCCGAGAGAACCAUCACCGACAAUUAUGGAGUCGAACCUUCCAUUCUUGACCUCACAGACCUUGGUGACCCAGUUCAGGAUUUUACGGUCUUCCUUGAGAGUGUUGGACUCUCAAGCGAUUGGGAUUCAGGCAUAUUCAGUUCAGUGGAGGAGCCAAUGCUACCACCGGGCCUUGCAAUUGACUCGAAGCAGCAUGUUCGGGAAGCAACCGCAUCAACGAGACUCGGAGGAGAUCUCAUGAGUGACCCGCGUGUCCAAGCUGAUGAGCCGCCCUCGUUCUCCAACUUUGGAUCCCGGUUACCCUCGUUGCAGCCGGAGUCGCAUGAAAUGGAGGAUCGCAUUGGUCUUUCAGACGAUAGCUCCCGGCCUGCAUGGGACAUCACCAACGCGGAUCGUCAGGCAUUCAUCUCUAAGCUGGAGGAGUUCUCAUUUGUUCUCCCCAAAGGAUUCGUCCCGCCCUCACGACAUGCUCUAUCUCGCUUUUUCGCAGGGUAUAUCAAUGGAUUGAAUGAGCAUCUACCUUUUGUUCACGUUCCGACCCUUUCUAUUGCGAAAUGGUCUCCUGAGCUCACCUUGGCGACAGCCGCUGCAGGGUCGCACUACCGCCCAUUCCAGCCCCCGCAUAUGCCACAUCCGCCGGUGAACGUGUCGAUAUAUACACCUGAUGAUUCCGAUGCUCAUAUGGAGGUAAUCAGAACCUUCUUGUUGCUAACUGUCUUCGCGUCAUGGGAGAAACACCCAGAACUGCUUCGAGAAAUCCUCUCGCUGCAAAGCACAUUAGCAAGGCUGGUCCGGGAGCAUGGUCUCGCAGAGCCACCCCCUACUCCCGACCCUAUCAGCUGGGAGGAGUGGGUACGGCGAGAAGGAAACCGGCGAACGAAACUCAUCGUUUACUGUUUCUUUAACCUUCACUCGAUCAUGUACAAUAUACCUCCCCUCAUCCUCAACGGGGAGCUUAAGUUGAAUAUGCCCUGCUCCCACGAUCUUUGGAAAGCAAGUAACGCCUCGCAAUGGAGGCGUCUCCAUCGCAAUCGCCAAGGCUCAGAUGUUCCUUUUCAGGAAGCGUUUGCUCGCCUUUUCCUCAAAUCUUCUACCUCUUUCCCUUCGGCGCCCAUUUCUCCCCUCGGCAACUAUAUCCUUAUUCAUGCCAUCAUCCAGCAAAUUUUCUUUGCCCGUCAACUCUGCCUUUCUGCUCCAAACAUGCAAGGCACCAGUCUGAGAUAUGAAGAUCUCAACGUAUUAGACAAUUCGUUAAGUGCCUGGAAGGCGCUGUGGAAACGCACGCCUGAGUCCAGCAUUGACCCUCAGAACCCCGCAGGCCCUAUUGCAUUCACCUCAACUGCACUGCUCGGCCUUGCCUAUAUUCGACUCCACGUCGAUCUUGGCCCUGCCGUCACCUGA